GCCGAGUUCACCAGCAGCCUACAGUUAACGAAUCGGAUUGCGAUCGCCUUUUUCUCCGCCUCACCUUUAUUGGUUCUCUUUUGGAUUUUCCUUUUUUCUUUUUUUUUUCCCUGGACCUAUAGUUCCUCCCACAUAGUGCCAAUUGAUGAUGGAAUUUGUUCCACCCGAGUCACUCGAUCUGGAACCCCCAUGCCGAUCAGCAUACCGUAUCAAGCAAACAGCGGGUCUACCUUUUCCCCUCUGCAUGCGUGACAGCUUUGGCUUACACAGCCAGUGGUUAGCUGUGCCGAGACAGGUAGCAAGGAAUAAAUCAUCCGUUGUACUUAAUUUUCCCAUUGUUGGUGGCGUCGAUUAACUCCUCGUUACUGUGCUUGUUGUUAUUUAUAUCACCUCUCCCCCAUCCCCUGUUUGUUGAUUUCUACUCCCCCAGCAAUCUCUGUUCGUCUUUUAUUCUGCUGGUAAUCUCCCUACUAUCAUGAAGCUCAAAUGGUUUGAGGUGGCCGCAUUGACGGCUGCCUCAAUAGUUAGUGCCAAGGAUGAUCUUGCGUACUCACCUCCUUUCUACCCAUCCCCCUGGGCCGAUGGUCGGGGUGAAUGGGCGGAAGUAUACAAACGCGCCGUCGACAUUGUUUCCCAGAUGACUCUGGCAGAGAAAGUCAACCUGACCACUGGAACAGGAUGGCGUCUAGAGAGGUGUGUUGGACAAACAGGCAGUAUUCCCAGACUUGAUAUUCCUAGCUUGUGCUUGCAAGACAGUCCUCUUGGUAUUCGAUUCUCGGACUAUAAUUCAGCUUUCCCCGCGGGUGUCAAUGUUGCUGCCACUUGGGACAAGACACUCGCAUAUCUUCGGGGCCAGGCAAUGGGCGAGGAGUUCAGUGAUAAAGGCAUUGAUGUUCAAUUGGGACCGGCUGCUGGUCCUCUCGGUGCUCACCCAGAUGGCGGUAGAAACUGGGAAGGCUUCUCACCCGAUCCAGCUCUCAGUGGUGUUCUAUUUGCAGAGACUAUCAAAGGUAUUCAAGAUGCCGGUGUCAUUGCAACUGCUAAGCAUUAUAUUGCGAACGAGCAGGAACAUUUCCGUCAGCAACCCGAGGCUAAAGGGUAUGGAUUCAACGUGAGCGAUAGUUUGAGUUCAAACGUUGAUGACAAGACUAUGCACGAAUUGUACCUCUGGCCAUUCGCAGAUGCAGUGCGUGCCGGAGUGGGCGCUAUCAUGUGCUCUUACAACCAGAUCAACAAUAGCUAUGGUUGCGAGAACAGUCAAACUUUGAACAAGCUUCUAAAGGCGGAACUCGGGUUCCAAGGCUUUGUCAUGAGUGACUGGACUGCUCAUCACAGUGGUGUGGGCGCCGCUUUGGCUGGUAUGGAUAUGUCGAUGCCCGGUGAUGUGACAUUCAACAGUGGCACUUCUUUCUGGGGCGCAAACUUGACAGUCGGCGUUCUUAACGGUACGAUUCCUCAAUGGCGCGUUGAUGACAUGGCCGUCCGUAUCAUGGCCGCCUAUUACAAGGUCGGUCGCGACACCAAGUACACCCCUCCCAACUUCAGCUCGUGGACCAGGGAUGAAUAUGGUUUCGCACACAUUGCUGUUUCGGAAGGUGCUUACGAGAGGGUCAACGAAUUUGUAGACGUGCAGCGCGAUCAUGCCGACCUGAUCCGUCGCAUCGGCGCAGACAGCACCGUCUUGCUGAAGAACAAGGGCGCAUUGCCCUUAAGCCGUAAGGAAAAGCUGGUUGCUCUUCUAGGAGAAGAUGCUGGCUCCAACCCUUGGGGAGCUAACGGCUGCGAUGAUCGUGGAUGCGACAACGGCACCCUUGCUAUGGCUUGGGGAAGCGGUACUGCCAAUUUCCCUUACCUUGUGACCCCCGAACAGGCGAUCCAAAAUGAAGUCCUCCAGGGCCGUGGCAACAUUUUCACCGUGACAGAUAACUGGGCCCUCACAAAGAUCGCUGCUGCUGCCAGCCAGGCUAGUGUCUCUCUCGUGUUCGUCAAUGCUGAUUCAGGAGAAGGAUAUAUUAAUGUGGAUGGAAAUGAAGGUGAUCGCAAGAACCUUACUCUAUGGAAGAACGGUGAUAAUGUUGUCAAGACUGCGGCGAAUAACUGCAAUAACACUGUUGUUAUUAUCCACUCCGUCGGACCGGUGUUGAUCGAUGAAUGGUACGAUCACCCAAAUGUCACUGCCAUUCUCUGGGCUGGCUUGCCAGGCCAGGAGUCCGGUAACUCCCUUGCCGAUGUCCUGUACGGUCGCGUCAACCCUGGGGCCAAGUCUCCGUUCACUUGGGGUAAGACCCGGGAGGCGUAUGCUUCCCCCUUGGUCACGACUGCCAACAAUGGCAACGGACCGCCCCAGUCUGAUUUCACUCAGGGAGUCUUCAUUGAUUACCGCCAUUUUGAUAAGUUCAAUGAGACUCCUAUCUACGAGUUUGGAUACGGCUUGAGCUACACCACAUUCGAAUUUUCUAACCUCCAUGUUCAACCACUGAAUGUGUCCAAGUAUACUCCUACCACUGGCGAAACUGCACCUGCACAGACCUUUGGCAAGGUUGAUGAAGACUCCUCGAAGUACUUGUACCCAGAGGGUCUGAACAGGAUCCACCAAUUUAUUUAUCCCUGGCUCAACAUUAGCGACCUGAAGCAGUCCGCUGAUGAUCGUCACUACGGCUGGGAAAACUCCAAGUACAUUCCCGAAGGCGCCACUGAUGGGUCUGCCCAACCCCGUUUGCCGGCCAGCGGUGGAGCAGGAGGUAACCCGGGUCUCUAUGAAGAUCUGUUCCGGGUCUCGGUGACGAUCAAGAAUACAGGAAAUGUUGCCGGUGAUGAAGUUCCUCAGCUAUAUGUUUCUCUGGGCGGACCCAAUGAACCCAAGGUGGUCCUGCGCCAAUUUGAGCGUCUUCAUUUGGCUCCCUCGCAGGAGGUCGUGUGGAGCACCACUCUUAACCGCCGUGAUCUUGCCAACUGGGAUGUUGCGGCUCAGGACUGGGCCAUCACCCCUUACCCCAAGAAGAUUUACGUUGGAAGCUCUUCGCGGAAACUAGCCCUCCAGGCAUCGCUGCCCAAGGCUCAGUAAGAGCUGGUCUAGAUUGUACAGAGCUUUUCCACUACGAUGAUGUACAUGUUUACGAACGACCUAAGUUAGGAUAAUAAUAAGUUAACGAAUUAAGGUUGCAGAGGAAA